AACAAACACAAUGGAACUAUAAACCUGACUGUUUUAAGAGGACAAAAAACAAACACACUGAGAAAGAAAAACUUACUAUUAUAUUUAAUCAUGGUAACAGCGAAAUAAAAAAGUAUUCUGCUGGUCUCUGUGUUUUGUGUCCUGGUUUUUGAAAUGACCAGACGAUCUUCUUUUUUCCUUUUUGUACACUAAAACUUUAAACUGACUACUACUACUACUUCUAUCCGUUCAAGCAGGCAGUAAUGGUGGAUCAUCCUCAUAAAAAGGGGAGAAGGAUAGAAGAGAGUGGAAUGGAUUUAUGCACUAAAACUAUCUGGAUAGUUUAACGUCUGAUGCUGCUGUUUGAAUAAACAUGCCUAUAUUCAAUCACUGCCCAAUCCAAGCUAAAGAAUAUUGUAAGAAUGGUGGGGAAUGCUUUUACGUGGCCGGCGAUCCAAGUGUUUAUAUGUGCAGCUGUUUUAUGCCUUUCUAUGGGCCACAGUGUGAAUAUAAAGCUCCAAGUAGAGAUAAACAACUGGAUUUAGAAGAAAUAAGAAAAAAUGUAAAUGAUGACGACACCAGGGAUGGCGUCUUAAUAAAGCGAUCAGUAGACCGUGCAAUGACACUGACAGCACUUAUCUUUAUAGCUGUCACUUUUCUUGGGAUGUUGAUAUUAGCUUGGUACCUUUCAAGACGUCGACGUAAAGAUUUUGCACGAUGGAAAAGAAUGACAGAAUUAGCAAUGAAGUCGAAGUGUAUUGAAAAGCUCGAUAAACAAACUCAAAUAACGUUGGAAUAUUCUGAAACUGCAAAAGAAACUGCUUCAUUGAAUCAAUCAACUCAUUCAUUAUUAACGAAGAGUAAUUAUCAUUGUGACGGCAAUGUCCAAAAGGCAGAAGAUGAAACGAAUCAACAGAUAGAAACACAAUUUGAAUUGGUUAAAUCAACAACGGAAGAGUUUCUGUAUCAAAAGGAAGAGAAUGAUGGCAAUUCUAGUGAUAAAAUUUAUCAAGAUAUGGAUUUAUUGGAUGAUGGAAAAUCGCCAGGAGUUAUUGAAAAUAAAAAUACUAUUGAGCCUACAACUUAUGAAAGGGAGGAGAGUGAACCCAGGAAUAAUGACAAUUCUGCUUCUGCUACUGCUGCUGCAGAGAUAAAAUCUGAUCUACGAACAAAACCAAGUGAAAAAAGAAGGACAAAAAGUAAAAGAAAAGCACCAUUGCCUAAUUCACCACAUUUUGCUCAUCAUCAGCUGUCUAAUAAUCGUCAAGUAAUUGAAGAAACCGAGCAGAAAUUCCCGCGUGGUACGGCAUCUAUCAGUGCAAAUGAGGAAUGUAAAGAUUUACUUGAUGAACGGGAAGGGAAAGGUGUCAUUAUUUCAAAUAGUCCACAAAGAAUCGAAUCAAUCAAUAAAUAUAAUAAACCAGUACAACAAUUACUCAGUUAUAAUACUGAUCAUCCAAAAAAACAUUCACCAAUAGGAAGUCAGUUUAAUGUCAACCAAUCACAUGAUCAGGUGACCAGCCAUACUAUUGGUCGAGAUAUAGAAUUAACCAAUCCAAUUCACCAUCCUACAGCAAAUAUAUUAAGCAGUGCAAUAUUAGACAGACCAUAUAUUAAUGCAGAUGAAAUUCACACUUUAUUUAAUCGUAAUAUCCCCAAUGCUGUUACACCAGUCAGAUGCCAUCAAGAUUUUGGAUAUGUUAAUCCACUCCAUACGAAGAUCAGUUCAACAUUACCACGUGACUAUCGGUCCAAUAGCAAUACUAGUAGUGGUAGAAGUAAUACAAGAUAUGCUGACCAGCCAUCACAUUGGUUAAAUGCAGAAUAUCUUAAAGAUAUUAAAAGUGAUAAGAUAUUACGUGGACCAAAUGAACCAUUUGUUGUUGCGUCACAACAUGAUGCUCUUUUGUCAGAAUUAUUAAAUCGUGGUAAAGAGUCAAGGGUUGUAGAACCACGUCCAAAGAGUACAUUUUAAUAUACACUUACAGAAAUCGAAACAUAAUCCAAAUAAUUAUGUACAUAUCUACUACUAUAAUGUUAAUUAUUACUUAAUCAUCAAAUAGAUUCAUGAGAGAUGAAAAUAUUCGAUGGAAUGAACAUUUCAUGUACUAUAAAAAAUACAUUCAGAAUAGACAAAUACAAACAUAGUUCCAGAAACAAGGCUGAAUAAAGUUUGAGUCCAGAGAACCAGAAAAUAAUCCAAAAAAUUUCUAGACACAGAGUAGAAUAUAUUAUACAUUAAUUUAUUACCAUUCUCUUCAUUCGUAUUAAGCCUAAUAUUAACAACAUAAUAAAUAUGUACAAUGAAGAAUAUAUCAAAUUUAAAAUGUAAAACUUUAUACGAUUAUAUAUAUAUAUAUAUAUAUUAGAAGUAAGAAUAAAUUGGUGAAAUAAAAAACAAGUCCUUCACAUAGCCACAAUACCGUUUGAGAACUCCUGAGUAUAUCAGAUAGAUAAACAACAGUGACAAAAAAAGAAAGAAUGGAUACGGAACAAAGAAUACUCUUUUCGAUA